ACGUCGGGAGGAAUGUCUCUGCCCAUGCUCACAAGGACAGGAGCAGAUGAGCCAGACUGCUGCAGCUGAUAAAUGUGAUGUAAUGUUGUCUGUUUAGUGAAUACGAAUGGCUGUCUGUGCCAGGCUCUGCGGAGUGGGUCAGUCGCGGAGGUGUCGGCGGCGGCAGCGGCAAAACCAGCAGGGUCAGGGGAGUGAUUCUGACAUGGACGAGGAAGAAGAGGAGCGGAUCGUGGGGCUGAAGCAGAGCGACGCUGUCGGCGGCGGAGGCCCGGAGAGCGGAGCCGCCACUGCAGGGCCGAGUGACGCUUGCGAAAAUGGCAGCGGUCAUGUCAACAGAAGCUCUCUAGAUAGAACGAGCACGGGGCCUCAACACCCGCAAUCAUUAGCGGAGUUACCCCCGGAGCUUUUAGUGGAAACGUUCUCCUUGCUUCCUGGAACUGCACUACCGAAUGUCGCCCUCGUAUGCAAGAAAUUCAGACAAAUCCUUAACACUGAAACCAUCUGGAGAAGGCGGUGCAUUGAAGAGUUUGGAAUGAAGGAGGAUCUGAGGAAGAUGGAGGUGGAAGGAGUAUCUAGCCGGGACAUUUAUGUUAAACUGCUUCACCCAUACAGACAGAUCUUGGGCUUAUGGCAGCCUGACAUAGGGCCUUAUGGCGGAUUGCUUAACGUUGUGGUUGAUGGGCUGUUCAUCAUCGGCUGGAUGUAUUUACCUCCUCAUGACCCACGGGUGGAGGAUCCCAUGAGAAGACGGCCACUCUUCCGUAUCCAUUUGUGGGAGAGCAAAGAAUCCACUGUGGAGUGUAUGUAUGGACACAAGGGUCCCCACAAAGGAGACAUACAGACUGGGAAGAAGGAUGAAUUUUCAACAAAGUGUAGCCAAACUGAUCACCACCGCAUGCCAGGGGGCAGACAGGAGGAGUUCAGGACAUGGUUGGAGGAAGAAUGGGGCCGGACGCUAGAAGAAAUCUUCCAUGAGCACAUGCAGGAGCUCAUCCUGAUGAAGUUCAUUUAUACCAGUCAAUACGAUAACUGCUUGACAUACCGAAGGAUCUACCUGCCGCCUACAAUGCCUUCUGACCUGCUGCGCCCAGGCCUCUUCAAAGGCACCUACGGCAGCCACGGUUUAGAGAUCGUCAUGCUCAGUUUCCACGGGAAUUCUGCAAGAGCCACCAAGCUCACUGGAGACCCCAAUGUUCCUGCAGGGCAGCUCACUCUGGAUGUUGACCUGAGUCGACCUGUGGUCCUUCCAGAAUUAAAGCAUCAGCGCAAUAUAGAGGAGCUGUCCCGGCUGGUACUGGGGGUACACGAGGAAGUCCAGAGGGCACAACAACAACAACAACAACAACAACAGGCCAUGGACACUGCUACAGCGGAGGGGGCCUGCAGUGAUGUCACCGCAGCAGGAGGUGUGGAGGCAGAGCGAGUUACCGGUACAGACAGCCCCCCGCCGGAGCCCAGCAGCAGCAUCAGUCCUCCUGAAUCCCAGCCCUUCGUCCUGCCCCUCGGCGUUAUGGCUCGCAAUGAGGUCUACCCUCGCACCUGCAGGAAAUGCUUCUAUGGAACAGGCCUGAUCGCUGGGCACGGCUUCACCAGUCCGGAGCGCACCCCGGGGCUCUUCGUGCUUUUCGAUGCAGACCGAUUUGGUUUCAUCUGGUUGGAGUUGAAGUCUUUCAGUCUGUACAGUCGCCUGACGGACAACCUAGCUCAUUCUUACGCCCCGAACAUGGAGCGAUUUGAGGCCAUGCUGGGCAACAUGCAGUCCUGGACAUCCUGAUGCACGAUGUUUUUAGUCUCGCCCCACAAUACAAUGCAUAAUAACAACCAGUUGACACAAAUCACCUCUGUCCUCAGCUGACAGAACAUCAUAUCACGAUAGCUCAUGACCUUAACUCACGUUCUAUCUAUAUGUUUCACAAACAUGGGUCUAAUUAAGCUAGUUAUGUCACCUCAUUUAUUGUAUCAGUUCACCUCAGUAUGACCUUUAUCCUCCAGUGCACAGGUCAAAUAUUAACCUUUAUUAAUUUAUUCCCUGCAGGAGAAAAAUGAUAACUCGUACCACUUAUAAAGGAUCAAACUGUACGUGCCUCUGAUUCUAAAACCACGUCUGUACUUGAUAGUGCUUGAAGACAAUAAAGGUGUCCAAUGUAUUCUACUAUAUAACAUUAUAGUGAUUUCAGUGCCCAACAUGUUUAACUGCAUGUUGCUUUUUGUUUGGAUCUUAUCGCAUCUCACUCAUAACUUUAAUCUUAACAAGAUGUUUUAUUUUCAUUGAGCAGCAUGCCUUGAUUUUAAUUUUGUUUUGCUUUUUAAAAAAAUGACAGCUUCUCAGGUGUUUUUCUCUUGGCCAGAAGUCAGUGAAAAGCAGGACUUGAGUAUUUAUGUGUAUAAAAAAAAUGUAUGUAGUUUUCAUUCAUUUUAGCAUUUUCUCCAAUAGAAAUACUUUUCUAACAAUUGACAAGAGAGCAUUUGUCAUCAAACACUGUAGCUACAUCAGGCAGUUUUGCCCUUUGAACUUAAGAGAUAGAGAUGUGCUCCUGCUUUUGGUUUGACAUCAAACAUACCUUUAAUGUCACCUCAUUUGACAUAGUAUUAUGUAAGUUGGAAAGAUGUAUUGUACUGCAAUAGAAUAACAUUACCUAUACAUAAGCUGAUCACAAAUGAAACAAUUAUACAGUUUUGUGCUUAUAUAAGGAUGGUUUAAAUCUUCUCUUACCUUUUAAAAUGUAUUGCGUUUGUUUAAAUGGCUGACGUAAUGUUUGCCUGGCUUUAUACCUGCAAAGCUAUUCCUCCAGUUUUCCAAUUCGUUUUGAACUUGAUUCCAGACUAACUGAACAUUAUACAAAUAGCUCAAAGUGCAUCUCAAAGAACCAAGUAAGUGUUUGUGUGUCUCAUUACGGCCUGAAGGUGUUGCCCAGUAGCUUUCUUACCCCAAGUGCACUUUUCUGGGCAGUAAUGCGAAACAUUUAAAACCACUGGCCAGCACUUUUAUAUCAGACUGCUGCUUUACUAACAUUUGCGAAAAAUAAAUGGUCUGCUAAAGCAUUGUCGACUUAAAUGUAUUUAGUUUUAUUAGUUUCCUCUCAAUUGUUUUGUUAUGUCUGAACACCCUCUGUACUCUGCUAUUUGAAUGAUUUGCCUUUGGAAAAUGUGUUGCUUUGUACUAUUUUCAAUGCGAUACACCUGUUUUUGUUGAAAAUGAAUGGCCUAUUGAACUGCUCACAUGGGACUUCAGGGAGCUUUUCAGCUUGAGCGCUCUUCUCUGUAAAAAGAUAAUAAAAAAACCAGAAAAAAAA